AUGGGAAGGUCGCAGCUCCAAUUCCGGACGCGCGGACGCGGUGGUCGAGACGGCAGCAAUGGACAGCGUGGCGGUCGGCGAGAUGGUCGAAAGGUCGAAACUAAGCCUCUGGAGAGCAAUGCGUAUCGCUUCGCUGAGGAUGAGGACGACGAGGACGACGGAUAUCACGAAGUAGGAGACGCAGUUGGCGACGGUGCGACUACCAAGCGCAACUUGCGAUUUAACCCUGACAUUCAGCAUCAAACCUUGGGCACGGGGGGUGCCGGACACUUUCAGACAAAGACGAUGCGGGAAUGGGACGAUGGAAUCCAAAAGCAGCCAUUGGCCAUGGCAUUGGACUUGCAUGAGAUUGGACGACAGUUGCAAACCGUUGCGCCAGACAAACGGUUCCAAAUUGACUCCAAGUAUUGCAUCGAUCUACCCUACAAGGCACAACCGGCCACGGAAGGCCAGACCACGCUGUCGCCGCCGUCGUCACAAAUUCCACCGCUGCCCGCCACGAACCUCCCGACUAAACCCUCGAGCUUGACGGCUGCCGCUACUUCGACCGCGCCAGUCCCUCUUGUGGCUGCAUCGCAUCAAGCGCACACGUCGCCGCAGGUGCCAGUAUCGGUCGUUCAAGGGACAACGCCGGCAAAAGCAGUAGUCACGCAAGUGCUACCUCCCCCACAACCUGAAACGCCCGCGCCAGCAUGUGAGAUUGACGACGAGUUGGACGAACUGCUCAACAUGUAGCAUUGUGUUGGUUGGCAAGGUGGAUCAAUGUGACCUUGCUUCGAUCGCAGACACAGCCACACGUUGAUGUUUGGAAUUAUACACGCAUCUAACAGUUCUACCGAAAACAAUUUAUCGCUAGUCAUUUAUAACGCC